GGAUGAGUUACCAGGCAGAAACCCACAAGCAAUUAACAGCUCUGACAUCAGGGGACAAGCAAAUAUAAAACACUCAGUUCUAAGAGAGGCUCAGCAGAGAAUCCCCUCAGGAGUUCAAGCUUGAUUUUUAUCUAUGCGCCUCGUUCUCUACACAAAGGGCUGAAAACCGGAGCCUGUACUGCAUUCUUGCUUCAAGCAGAAUGAAAGCUCCCAAACUCCUCUCUCCGGGCUAUACCUUCUUGGCCCUGCUUUUUUUCCAGCAGGCCUGGGCUCAAUUCCCAAGACAGUGUGUCACCAUCGAGGCUUUGAGAAAUGGCGUGUGUUGCCCAGACCUGUUCCCACUGUCUGGGCCUGGGACUGACCGCUGCGGCUCCUCAUCAGGAAGGGGCAGGUGUGAGGUGGUGACAGCUGACUCCCGACCCCACGGCCCCCAGUACCCACACGAUGGCAGAGAUGACCGAGAGGGCUGGCCCACACGCUUCUUCAACAGGACAUGCCACUGCAUUGGCAAUUUCUCAGGAUACAACUGUGGAACCUGCCGUCCUGGAUGGAGAGGAGCUGCCUGUGACCAGAGGGUUCUCAUAGUCAGGAGAAACCUACUGGACUUAAGUACAGAAGAAAAGAAGCGCUUUGUCCGGGCCCUGGAUAUGGCAAAGCGCACCAUUCACCCUCAGUUUGUCAUUGCCACCAGGAGAUCAGAAGAAAUAUUGGGGCCAGAUGGCAACACACCACAAUUUGAGAACAUUUCCAUUUACAACUACUUUGUUUGGACGCACUACUACUCAGUCAAAAAGACUUUUCUCGGGGCAGGACAGGAAAGCUUUGGUGAAGUGGAUUUCUCUCAUGAGGGACCAGCGUUUCUCACGUGGCAUAGGUACCACCUGCUGCAGCUGGAGAGAGACAUGCAGGAAAUGUUGCAGGAUCCUUCUUUCUCCCUUCCUUACUGGAAUUUUGCCACCGGGAAGAACACCUGUGACAUUUGCACCGAUGACUUGAUGGGAUCAAGAAGCAACUUUGAUUCCAAUCUUAUAAGCCCGAACUCCGUCUUUUCUCAAUGGCGAGUGGUCUGCGAAUCCUUGGAAGAUUAUGAUACCCUGGGAACCCUUUGUAACAGCACUGAGGGUAGGCCAAUUAGGAGAAAUCCAGCUGGAAAUGUGGCUAGACCAAUGGUGCAACGUCUUCCUGAACCACAGGAUGUCACUCAGUGCUUGGAAGUUGGUUUAUUUGACACACCUCCUUUUUAUUCCACUUCUACAAACAGUUUCCGAAACACAGUGGAAGGUUACAGUGAUCCCACAGGAAGGUAUGACCCUACUGUGCGAAGUCUUCACAAUUUGGCUCAUCUAUUCCUGAAUGGAACCGGGGGGCAAACUCAUUUAUCUCCCAAUGAUCCUAUUUUUGUCCUCCUACAUACUUUCACUGAUGCAGUCUUUGAUGAAUGGCUGAGGAGAUAUAAUGCUGAUAUAUCCGUAUUUCCUUUGGAAAAUGCCCCUAUUGGACAUAACAGACAAUACAAUAUGGUACCAUUUUGGCCUCCAAUUACCAACAUAGAAAUGUUUGUUACUGCUCCAGACAACCUGGGAUACACUUAUGAAGUUCAAUGGUCAAGUCAGAAUUUUAGUAUUUCUGAGAUUGUUACCAUAGCGGUAGUUGCUGCUUUAUUACUGGUUGCAGUCAUUUUUGUGGGUGCUUCUUGUCUGAUUCGUGCCAGAAGAAACAUGGAUGAAGCAAAUCAGCCUCUCCUUACUGAUCAGUAUCAACAGUAUGUUGAAGAAUAUGAAAAAAUCCAGAAUCCUAAUCAGUCUGUGGUCUAAUUACAAGUGGUAUAUUCUCUUAUGCAUUAGUAUCAUAAAACCAUAUGGUUGAAAAAUAAUAGGUUGAGUUACUAACUGUA